AUGGCGAAACCCUCGCCUUUUCUAGAGCCCGGCUCUAGGACAUCGGCCAAUUCCCUCGCCAUUGUCCAGCUCUCGCGCGACAACCUCGUUCCCUUGAUCCUCCGAGACUCGACCGGUGCCGUCGACGGCUACGCCGAGGGCGCCGUCCUCAACACCCGGUUCGGGUCGUUUCCUCACUCCACCCUCAUCAACGUUCCGUGGGGCUCGCAAAUCCGCGCCUCGGUCGUCGAUACCGGCUCCCGGGGCCGCAAGCGCAAGAGAAAGGAGGACGAGACCGACACGUCCACACCAGCCGCCGCCGACGACGCCGAAACUGAGUCGAGCGCGCCGGUCAAGAAGGCCCCUACCGCCGCCAGCGGCUUCGUCCACAUCCUCCAGCCCACCGCCGAGCUAUGGACCGCCGGCCUGCCCCAUCGGACGCAGGUGGUCUACACCCCCGAUUACAGCUACAUCCUCCAGCGCAUACGAGCCCGUCCCGGCACGCGAUUGAUCGAGGCCGGCGCUGGCAGCGGCAGCUUCACGCACGCCUCAGCACGUGCCGUCUACAAUGGCUAUCCCGAGAACGAGACGGACCGCAAGGGCAAGGUCUUCAGCUUCGAGUUCAACAAGGACCGGUACGAAAAGAUGCAGGUGGAGAUCGAGGCGCACGAGCUGGAAGGCAUCGUCGAGCUCUCGCACCGCGACGUCUACAACGGCGGGUUCCUGGCCGACGGCAAGAGCCCCGAAGCCGAUUCCGUGUUCCUUGAUCUGCCCGCCCCCUGGGACGCCCUCCGCCAUCUGUCGCGACGGAAGCCUGCUGCUCUCCAAAAAGACGACGAGGACGCGGCGACGGAAUGGAUCUCGCCGCUGAAUCCCAAGAAGUCCGUCUACAUCUGCACCUUCUCGCCAUGUAUCGAGCAGGUGCAGAAGACGAUCAACACGAUGCGGACGAUGGGGUGGGUGGACAUCGACAUGGUCGAGAUCUCGCACAAGAAGUUUAACGUCAUCCGUGACCGCGCCGGCUACGGCCAGCCCGAGCGCGGCAUCCCGCCCCUCGCCCGCGACGUGAAGGAGGCGGUCGGCAAGCUGCGAGAGAUUGAGCGCCGCACAAGGGAGUACCACACCUCGGCGGACCCCAACUCGGCGGAAGACUCACCGGCCGCGGGCACCGCCAUGGAUGUGGACCAGGCGGCGACGAACGGCGGCGGCGCCCGAGAGGACGAACCCAACGCGGGGAAGCCUUGGCUGCAGGGCCGGGUUAUCCACCGGGCGGAGCCAGAGUUGAAGACGCACACGUCCUAUCUCGUGUUUGCGGUGCUGCCGCGGGAGUGGAGCGAGGAGGAAGAGGCCGCGGCGCUCGCUAAGUGGCCAUGCGGCGCGGAGACGGGCGUCAUCGGGGCCAAGGACAAAGAGACGCGGAAGCAGGAGAAGCGCGAGCAGCUGCAGGGCAAGGGCAAGAGGAGGAAGAACAAGAAGGCCGAGGCCGCGUAG